AUGUUGAGGUUUCGACGCACGGUCUGGCAUCAGUUCGUUUUGAACCGUGUUAGCAACCAACUCGACGAUGGCACCAAAACCAGCGGUAAGGCCGCCAAGAAGUCCGGCAAGGCCCAGAAGAACAUCACCAAGGGUGAUAAGAAGAAGAAGAAGGUCCGCAGGAAGGAGAGCUACGCUAUCUACAUCUACAAGGUGUUGAAGCAGGUCCACCCUGACACCGGUAUCUCGUCCAAGGCCAUGAGCAUCAUGAACAGCUUUGUCAACGACAUCUUCGAGCGUAUCGCCGCCGAAGCGUCCCGUCUGGCUCACUACAAUAAGCGCUCGACCAUCACGUCCCGCGAAAUCCAGACCGCUGUUCGUCUGCUGCUGCCUGGUGAGCUGGCCAAGCACGCCGUCUCUGAGGGUACCAAGGCUGUCACCAAGUACACCAGCUCCAAGUAAAUUCUCUCCCCACCUUCGGAAUCUCCGCACACAAUCGGCCCUUUUCAGGG